AUGUUUGCUUUUAGUGGCUUCAAUGGCUUUGGCCAGUUCGGCCGCAAUCGUCAGCGAAGCGGAAACGCUUUUACAGAUAUCUGUUUAGAAAAGUUAAUGACCGAACAACAAAGUACUUCGCUUAUGGCAGUCAGUUGGAGUUACGCUGCCUACGCCACAGAAAAUAAGCUCGUGCUGCGUGGCUUUUUAUCUAGUACACCCAAUUCCACAAUAUGCGUACAAACUGCAGAGAUCAUUACACAAUUGGCUGCUUGUGAUAGAUUCUGUCUGGUGCUAUGUAAAAAUGGUAAACUAUUUAAAAUUCGCCCUGAAAUAGAAGCGAAACUGGAAGAGGUGAAGCUUGAAAUUGAAGUGCAAUCGUUUACCCAAAAACGUUCGAUUUUCGGCGAACCGAAGUCAACAGUAAAUAAAGAAGAAUGCUUUAUCGUCACCCACAUCGCGUGCGGCUCUAACAUCACAGCGGCUGUUAGUGCGACAAAUGCAGUCUAUAGCGUGCCCAGCAAAAUUCAUCAAUUUGCAAAGCAUUUUCGCGUACGACAAUUGAUAUGUGGGUUCGAACAUGCACUGCUGCUUAGCGCCAACGGUGAUAUCUAUAGUUGGGGCAACGGAUUGUAUGAAAUUUGUUUUGUUAAAAUUAAGCUUAUAAUUAAAAAAUAUANGGGAAUUAAAAUAAGUUUUAUAGCUGCUGGCGGCUGGCACAGUGCAGCCAUUUCCGCCUUCGGCGAUCUCUAUACCUGGGGUUUCAACUCAAAUGGCCAAUUGGGUUUACGUAUGUUCAAAAUAACCGCUGCGGGAAAUAUUAAACAGCCAACAGUAUUUACGUUGCCACAAAUUGUAGAAAUACCAGAGUGUAAAUGCAUGCAGGCGAAAGAUUCUACAAUGUGUGAUGAAAUAACGCAGAAUAAGGAUGCUACUGGCGAAUGCCUACCAGUGAGAGUUUAUGCAGGUGCACGGCAUACGCUUUUGCAAAUGAAAUGUGGCGCAUUGUGUACGGCUGGCUGGAAUGCACACGGCCAAUUAGGUAUUGGACAUAAAGUGGAUUAUUGUGAUGAAUUUAGAAAAAUCGAAAGCUUCGAAGGUAAAGUUGCAGAAGUGAGCAUUGUUUGCGGAGCGUGGUGUACUGUAAUUGCUAAGAAAAGUUAACGAUUAAAUUAGUAUAAGUAAAAUGUAGGUACUUGUAAGCAGUGGAAUCAAUUAAUUGGAACUACUAAGGUCAACUAAAGCUCAAGUUAAUUGAUCCGUAACAAGCUUGUUGUACUUGCGAAUUUAUAGAAUGACUAAUAGCGUUUCCACUUAAUAUGUGAACAAGUUGAAUAAUAUUUGAUUUCUGUGAAAUUAAAUUUUAGCCAAUAUACUACUAGAUUUUUCCUAUUUUUUAAAAACUUAUGAAAUAAUUUGACAAAAACGUAACUUAUGAGUAAGUACUUGGAAAU